AUGACUCGCUGCGCCGAAACCAACUGCACCAGGAGCGUGAUUCUGCCUCCGGGCCGCGAAUUGAAGGCAAACUUCAUUUGCAAGAUGCACAAGCUCGAGCUCUACAGGAGCUGCGCGCAGAUGAUUGCGCACUGCCAGCACGGGCGUAUGCCCACUGGGGGCACGCCUGAAGAAGGCCUGAACGAAGUCCUGUUCGGGUGGAUGAGGGGGGCUAGGCGACACUCCGUGUCUGCAGAGACGGACAUCGAUGACGCCCUUGAAAAAGGACCCGAGGCGCAGCCCUCCCGCAGCGUCUAA